AUGGCCGCAGGGAGCGCCCCUGGGUGGACCGUGGGGGCCCUUGGAGUGGUCUGCCUGUUCCUCAAAUUGGAUUUCAUCAGCUGUCAGUUCCGAGGUAUUUAUGGAGCUAUGGAUGGGAAUGUAACCUUUUAUGCUUCAAAGUUUCAACCAUUUACAGAAAUUAUAUGGAAAAAGGGGAAGGAUAAAGUUAUAGAAUGGGUUGAACAUUCUGAACCCGAAGCUUUUCAGUCUUUUAAAAAUAGAUCUUAUUUAGACAUUGUGUCAGGUAACCUGACCAUCACCAAGUUAACAAAAUCAGAUGAAGGUAAAUAUGAAAUUGAAUCCCCAAGUGUUAAAGAUAUCUCCGUGUUCUACCUCAGAGUGAUUGCACCUCCUCCAUCACCAUCAGCAUCUUGCUUUUUGACCGAUAAUGGAAACAUUACUCUCACCUGUGAGAUCAUGGGACUUCACGACAAUAUCGAUGAAGACCUCAUACAGUAUUCGUGGGAAUGUCCUUCAGCAAUACAGUGUCACCGUGGCUCAAUUUCAGCUGAAGCGUAUGUCUCACAGAAAAGUGAUCUUUCACAGAGUGUUCACUGUGUCAUUAGCAAUCCAUUAUUCAGAACAUCAGCUUCCAUCGCUUUGUCAACCUGUGUACCAUGGGAUAAUUCAAGGCAUAGGUAUGUGCUUUUUGCCAUACUCCCAGCAGUAAUAUGUGGCUUGCUGUUUUUAAAAUGUUUUCUGGGACGUCGUAGCCAAAGAAACACAGAGGGCUAG